AUGGUGAAAAAAUUAAAGCAGAAUGACCACUCCAACUACUUUCAUAACCACAUAGAUAUAGCAGCAGAGGCUGAAAUCACUGACCCACUUUAUGGGAAACAACAGUCUUGGGGUUUGGGGAGGAGGAUAGUUGAAUUAGAUCUCCUCGCAGUGGGAAUGUAUUGCUGUAUCUGUAAGUACCCUCUUCACCUGUCAAAUACAGUAGGAGAAAAGCUGUUCAGUUUAAGUGGAAUUAUAAUGAUUCGAUGUGAUCUUUGUGCAACAGUCACUGAUGUCCAGACAGGAAAAAGAGGACCAACAGGCAGUUAUGACAUCAACACAAAAGCAGCAUUAGGAAUGAUACAUGCAGGAAUAGGGCCUACCCAUCUACAAAACUUUCUAGCUGAAUGUAAUUUGCCAUCUAUUAGUGAAAACACUCUGAGGAAGAAGGAGAAGGAGUUAAGUAAGCAGAUUGGGGAAGUUGCAAACACAUCAUGCAGAACUGCACGGGAAGAAGAAAAAGCACAGAGUACCAAUAAUAAUGUUAAAGCUAGUUUUGAUGGUAGUUGGCAGAAGAGAGGCUCUGGUUGA